CAACCCUAUACAGUUAUCGGCCAAAGCACAUCACUACCAACGAAAAUUUAUCAACAAACGACGCCGCGCAAUAAUUCGAACUAUUCAAGAAGUUAUUUGACAUAAAAUUGCUACAAAACACCGUGGAUUUAUUACAAAGAUGAACAACAAAAGCACGCCCGUGCGCCAGCGCAUCCAACAGUUCCAGACACGUGGGGGCCAGAAGUCCACGCCGUCAUCAGACGCCAGUGCAUUGCGGAGAAAGGUGCUGACGCGGACGCCCAGGCAAAGCGGCGAGGACCGCCAGGAUCAGCAGUUGCUGAACACGGCCUUCAGUGGCACCACCCCGCAGCCACAGCUCAAGCCAAAGUCCACCGCCCUCAAUGCAUGCUACACUCCGUCAUCGCUCUACAGGAAUUCCCAUACACCCGGUCGAACGAGGACGCCGGGCGGAAUGUCCAGCGGCAGUAAGCAAAAGGACAAGGACCUCAUGGUCGAGUCCUUCCACAGCGUCUCCGAGGAAAGCAAUAUGAUAGUGGCGGUGCGCGUGCGCCCAUUGAACGCCCUGGAGUGCACGCGUGGUCAGGUUACCAACGUGGUUCAGGUGCACGGCGACAGCAAUGAGCUGACCGUACAGGCGGGCUGCAGUGCUGACGCCUCGGCGGGUGUAACGCACUUCUUCAGCUACGACCAGGUGUAUUACUCGUGCGAUCCGGAGCGCAAGAACUACGCCGGUCAGGCGAAGGUCUUUGAAGGCACUGCCAGGCCGCUCAUCGAUACCGCCUUCGAUGGCUACAAUGCUUGCCUCUUUGCCUACGGCCAGACGGGAUCGGGCAAGUCCUACAGCAUGAUGGGCAUAGAGGCUUUGGACGAUGCAGCCCUUGACGGCGGGCCGCCUCAUGACGAGGCCGGGAUCAUACCGCGCUUCUGCCACGAGCUGUUCCGUCGGAUAGAAGAGGUCAAGGCGCAUCAGCAGCUGCAAGUGGAGGUGGAAGUCAGCUACUUUGAGAUCUACAACGAGAAGAUCCAUGACCUGCUGAGUGUCCAGCAUGCCACAACGGCAGCCGGUGACUCCACGCCUGUACAGCAGCAGCGACCGGCUCUGAAGGUGCGAGAGCACCCUAUAUUUGGACCCUACGUUGUGGAUUUAAGCGCCCAUUCGGUGGACUCAUAUUCGGCGCUCCGCAACUGGUUGGCCGUGGGCAACUCACAGCGGGCCACCGCCUCCACGGCCAUGAACGACAAGAGCUCCCGCUCGCAUUCCAUCUUCAACAUUGUCCUGAAUCUGACUAACUUGAGUAGCGGCGACGAAGGUUUGUCCUCCUCGGACACGGAUUCGGGCACUGUCAAUUCUUUGCGACAGACACGACGCAGCAAGAUCAGUCUAGUGGACCUGGCAGGCAGCGAGCGCAUCAGCGUUUCGGGCUCCAACGGUGAACGAAUACGCGAAGGAGUCAGCAUUAACAAGAGCCUGCUUACCCUGGGAAAAGUAAUUGCAGCCUUGGCAGAUUCCCGCAAGGCGGUCGGAAAUAGUCAAAUGGGAAACGGUACACCGACCACGUUUGUUCCAUACCGUGAGAGCGUCCUAACCUGGCUUCUGAGGGAAAACCUUGGUGGAAACUCAAAAACUGUCAUGUUGGCUACCAUCUCACCAGCUAGCCUGCACGCGGACGAAACUCUGGCCACUUUGCGUUACGCCUGUAAGGCCCGCUCCAUCGUUAAUCGGGUAAAGGUGAACGAAUCUCCCCAUGACAAGAUAAUACGGGACCUGCGCGCCGAAGUAGAUCGUCUGAAGUCGCUCCGGAACGAGUAUGAGAGGCAACGGCGUCUGUCCGGGAAUAACAACAAUAAUCCGGUGCCAAGAAAGAUCAUCAUCGAGACUUCGGUUGAUGACACUGAGGUGGAGGCGCUUCGACAGCAGCUGGCUGAAAGGGAACGGGAGCUUAGUCGUGCACAGAAAUCCUGGAUGGAGAAGCUCAAAGAGGCCGAGGAUCAGCGUAAGUCGGAGCUGCGACUACUGAAGCGUCGCGGCUUGGCCCUGGAAUUGACUGCCGAUCAGAAGCAGGCCUGCCUGGUCAAUCUCACAGCGGAUCCUAUUCUAAGCGGCACCUUAUUCUACUUACUACCCCAAGGACUAGUGCGCAUCGGACGCGGUCGCCUACCCGGUAAUUCCAGUACCCAGCCGGAUAUCGUGCUGGAUGGCCCCCUGGUUGCCUUGCAACACUGCAAUAUAGAACACGAUCGAUCCGGAAAACUAUUUGUCACACCGGGAAGCGAGGACUUUGAGACAUAUGUUAAUGGAGAGCUCUUGCAGAAUCGCCGUCAGCUGUUCCAUGGCGAUCGCUUGGUUAUUGGUGGUUCCCAUUAUUUCCGCAUCUCCAAUCCCUUUUGCCCACAGAGAGGCAAGACCGAGCAGCCGGUGGACUUCCAGCUGGCCCACCAGGAGAUUCUGCAGAAACAAGAGCAACAAUUGCGCUCAGAACUUGAAGCUGAAAAGCGAGCGGCCUUAACGCGCAUCGAACAGGAGCGUGCCCAACAUGCCAGGGACUUUGAGGAGCGGCUGCAGUGCCUCGAACUGGAACAGUUCAAGUACAAAUGUAACAGCGAGAUAUUGGAAACAGAGCGCCAGGCACUGGCUCAGCAGCAUCAGCACACCGCGCUCAAUGAGGAGCAGGCAGCAUCGACUCCGGCGCAGAAAUCGACGCUACUGGAGGAUAUACAACGCAUCAUGCUGAAUCCGUCGGAAGAGAGCCUGCAUAAAACCCAGCUAAUGGUCAAGGAGGCCACACAACGGUGCCGUCAACUGGGCGUUCAGCUCGAGUUUCGCCAAACCCAAACACCAGAUGAGUUUGGACUGUUGCGAACCGUGAUCCUGAUCCUGGACAAGCAGCGGGGCCUCAAGGCCGAGUGGCCGACGGCCCGUUUGGGCGUGUGGCUUGACAUGGUCCGGGACAGUGCGGCGGAGCUGCCGGAUAAACAAAAUGCUCGCAACAUUUUCCAGAGUGUAGAGGUUGAUUGGGAACCCCUAGAUGCGGAUCUCAAUGAGACCCUGAGUGAGACGCACAAUUCUAGUCGAAUAGCUCUAAACCUAAGUGCCAUGAAGGAUGUCCUGCUUAACAAGCCCCUAAAGAGGCUGCUACUGAACGUGUCGGGAAGCAGCAACCAUAGCCCAAGACAGACAUCUACGCCAUCUGGCAAAACCACGCCCAUUAGUCCCUCACCUGGCAGCAAACUGGUGCAGUACACCAAGCGUCUGCUUACCUACGACCCAGAGGAGACGCCCAUCGGCCACAGUAGCAACUUCGCCGCCGUCGUCAAUCAGGAGCUGCUGAUGAUACAGCGCUGCUCACAGCGUCUGCAUAGGCAAUGUGAGAGCGCUCUGCUCGAACGGGAGAAUCAACAGGAUAGCGGGGUCCUAGCGGUCAGUGUUCAGGAGGCACUGGGCCGACUGGACAGCGUACUCAAUGGAAUACGCAGCUCACUUGCCCAGGCAGAGGCUGCUGCUGCGGCUGCAGCAGGUGGUGCCAUGUCACCGACGAAGGCACAGAAGGCGGUGCGUUUUCUUAUCGAUUGAUGGCGAUUAGUUUUCCCACCUUGGACUACAUUUCAAGCUGCUGCAAUGUGCUUU